AUGACUCUAGGAAUACAAGCAGACUGGGAGGAAAACAAUUUAAUAUCUAGGACGGGAGCCGGAGCGCUUCGCUCUUCUACGCAUAAGGAUCCACCAAGCAGCUAUCACUCCUACCAGGAAAACACCGCCAACGAUGCCACCGACGAUGGCACCGACUGGAGCUGGGGAGGACUGUUGCGCAAUGGGCGCAGACGAAGGAGAGGUCAAGAAGACGCUCCAGGCUGUACCGAAAAUAGAUUUACGUACGUUACUGAAUCUAGAUUGAAGAUAGUGGUAUCGGCCGCGUCAUUGGAUGAUUUCUUGAAUGUAGCGUUGUGUGCACCGGACGCUGAUGGCGCAGGCGUGGAGGGCGUGGAGGAAUUUGACGGUGGUGUUGAAACUGAAGACGACGACAUUGGGAGGUUGAAAGUGGGCGGCUGCGACGAAGAGCUCUACCAGCCACGCCGGAGGGAAGAGGCAGGAACAAUAACAGGGACCACCACACGUGGCUUGGCAGGCAAAAGCCCAACGAUGGCUCUCGACUUCCUCACUAGGAGCUCUACCAAGAACUUUUUCUAUGUAUUUCAAUGCCAAGAUUUACACACAACAAUCUAUUUUUCCAUCAGAAUGGAUAGAAACUGCGAUGAAAAAGGACCCUCGUGUAGAAUGGCAGUCGCCACAUCCGCCGCCUUCAAAUUGAUACCCAGCUUUUUUUUAACUGCGCCUCGCGUUGUCCAUGAUUAUCCACAAUCCCAUGCUAGUGGAGGGAAGGUUGUCCGUCGCCCUAAACGAAGCAGUGGUAAUCAAUACGCGGAGAAGUCAAUUAGAACGCCGGUCAAACUUUUGUGCAGGGUCGCGUGUUCCCCAGAGCAGAUGUACCGGGCUGGCCAGGAGGACGAUGGGACAGAUUUAGGGUACUCUGUCAACAAGCUCAGGGAAGUUACUGUUCACAAAAAGGUCAUGGAGAUCAACAAGGGAUCGCUGGUGCCAUAUAGUAGGACUGUUUGUGUCGAAGCCUCGGAGGUUACAACACCGACCAUGCUAGAAAAGGGUAAUACAACGCAAGAGAUAAGAUUUGAUCACCUGAAGACACGUAUAGUACCUUCACACUACUCAUCUCCACCGUUCAUCGAACCGUACGCUGCUUCGGAACGAGGCUAG